AUGUAGAGCAAUUGUGCUUCUUAAUCACUAGAAAUGGUAGCACAGAAUUUUUAAACUUCAGUGAAGAAUUUAAGAAGGUGGUAUCGUGAAGGAGUAUAAAGAAAGCCAGGUUGCGGAAGAAAGAAGUUAAAUGAAACUGCAGAAAAGGAACUUGCAUUAUGGAUAAUAAAUGAGUCAAUCAAUUAAGGGAAAAGAAUAAGAAGGAAUGUGUUGAAGGAGAAGGCAAUUGAAUUGUUCAAGGAUCCUCAAUUUAAGGCUUCAAAAGCUUGGUAGGAUGAGUUCAUAAAGACUCACGAUAUCAAAUUUCUAGUUAAUAAAGAGCUUUAUAAUAGAGGAAUGCUUAAUAGCUUGCAGGCUUAAAAAUUGGAGGAAUAGUUGAAUAUCAGGGAAUAAGGAGGAUAGUUAGUGAUAAAACAAAAACAACAAUCAGAAGACAUACCCACUGAAACUAAGUUAGAGGAGAAGAGAGAGAGAGUGAUUACUAGUCCCUUUGAUUAGAAGGAGGAAGAAGGAGUUUUUAAGUUGAUCAGGGAUGAGGGAGCAGCACAUGAAUUGGAUUAUUUAGAUGAGUGGUAGAUCAAUUAGGGCUCGAUGAAUUUAAUUUAUGAAGAAGAAGAUGGACUAAGGGAUGAGAUUUAGGAUGUGUCUGAGGUGUACUUCCCGAAACUAAAGAGAGUAAUUGAUUAAUUUAACCAAUAUAUAAAUAUAUUAUAAGAAAAGAAAGGAAAUUAUUUAAACUUGGGUUAAAAAGGGAGAAAUUUAGAUUUUUAAUAUUAAUUUUUCACUAAUACAUAAAUACUUAUAAUUUUGAUAAUAAUAAUGAAUGCUGUUUCACUUUUAAUUGAUGAACUAAAUGAUUAAAUACUGGCAGAUCAAUUUUAAUACAUAGAUUCGAUAGGAGGAGGAUCUUAAGGCAAGGUUGUUAAGGCUUAGAGCAAAGGCCUAAAUUAAAGUGUCGCAAUUAAAAUUAUUGAAAGACAUAAAAAUAAAGCACAAGAUUAGGAAGCAUCUCUGUUGGAGAAGUGUAAUCAUUAUAAUAUUGUACAUUUUCAUAAAUUGCUUUAUACCCAUAAUCAUUUGUAUAUCAUAAUGGAGUACUUGCAAGGAAUAACCCUCUAGGAGGUAAUGCAAAAGCAACUGCGGGAAAACAAAAUGAGAAAUCUUAUUAAACAAAUUUUAGAAGGCUUGAGUUAUUUACACAACCAAGGGAUUAUUCAUCGAGAUUUGAAGCCAUCAAACAUAUAUUUGGUUCGAGAAAACAAUAAAUCCAUUGUUAAGCUGAUUGACCUUGGACUUAGUUAUUAAAUAUGUUCACAUAAAAUAGCCAAUAAGUAAUGCGGUACAUUACUAUACAUGGCACCAGAAUUGGCAUAGGAUGUCCCUUAUAAUCAGACCGUAGACAUUUUUGCCCUCGGGAUUAUUUUUUAUUAGUUAUUUCAUGAUGGAAAACAUCCAUUCUACGUUCCUGGCAUGAGAAGUUCUGAUUACUUCAAAAGAUUAGCAAAAUUGGAGUUUAAUUUGGAUUUUAAAGAGAAUAUUCCAUCCAUGGCAAAAGAUUUUAUUUAAAAAACAAUGGCUUUAUCCCCUGAUGAUAGAAUGUCAGCAUAUUAAUGUUUGGAUCAUCCAUGGAUUAAGAACGUUGAACAAUAACAAUAUCCAAUCACUACAAAUGAAAUCAUCUCAACAUUUAUAGUGAAAUAGAAAUUCAUAACAAUUAUCAAGGCCUUAAUGAUCUAAACAUAAUUAUUGUAAUUAUCCAUAAAGAGGGAACCAAGCGAGAGUGAGAGUAGAUAUUAUACUAAAUCCUAUUUAACAGAAAUCGAUUCAUAGUAAGAAUAAGAAUUCGUUCAUUUACGCUUUCCCAUGAGUUAGAGAGAUAAGCUUCCCAAAUCCAAAUCGAAAAUGCUUAAAACUGUCUAAGGCACAUUCAAUACGCCUUAAAUGAAAAAAAGAGAGGUUUCAAGAUAGUGCUUAGCUUUCAGCUUUUUAGGUUCCCCAAAAUUCCUAACACCCUAAGCUCACACUAAAAGGAAUCUUAAAACACCUUCUCCUCCUUAAUUUAGAUUGCCAUCCAUUAAAUCGCCAAAAUAAGUUCAAAUUCCGAAGAUAUCUAAUAUUAUAAAUAAAUCUAGAUUUUUUUAAUAAUGA